AUGUCGACUAGGGGUUCACCUUCUCAACCAGAGAGAUCUGAGGCUGAGUAUGCUACUGCAUCAGAAGAAGGAUUGGGUUCAAACUCAAAUAAUGAUCCAUUACAACCGCAAGAGGACGUCUCAAUACCGAUGGAACCUCGAGGUUUAUUCUUCAAGCAAAGCGAGUAUCGGUUAUACCCGAAGCUUCAAUCAAGGUGUGAAACCUUUAAUUUCAUGGAAGUCUUCAAGAGGCUUGAUAUCUCAGAGAGAAACUGGUUUGAGAACCACCCACAAUUCAAGCAUAUUGUCCACAUGUUUAUCCAGAAGAAUAAAAUGUUAAUGGGAAUGUGGAUGUUGCUUCUCCGAACAGCAGUGACAGACAAGCAGCGGCAGUGUUGGUUUGUUGUGAAUGGUGUGCCUGUUCGGUAUUCAAUCAGAGAACACGGCCUUCUUUCAGGAUUAUUCUGCCACCAUUAUCCAGCCGACUAUGAACAGUUAGGGAGUAUGUAUUUUGUGGAGGAGCAGUUUGGAAAGACUAAUAUUGAGGUGAAAGAGGUGCGUGAGAAGCUGGAAUCAAUGGAUUUCAUUGAAGGUGGUACUGAUCGGUUGAAGAUGGUUGUACUUUUCUUCUUAGCAACUGUCAUCAAAGGAAAGUCCAAGAAAUAUGGUGGAUCCAUAGACCCAUUCAUUCUCCGAGUGGUGGAUGAUCUGGAUCUGUGUGAAACGUUUCCCUGGGGUCGUUUCACUUUUGAUGACGUCUUAGCUGAGGUUGCACAUCUGGUGGUUCAUUUUGGAGGAUCUAUUUUGGCGUUUGAAUCUAUCCUGGUUCUAAAAGCAGCAUUUCAAGAAAAAGUUGGGAAUGCAGAUGGUGAUUGUCCAAAAAUGUGCAAGUGGAAGUUUAAGAGAACAGACAAAACAGGAUUUUCUUUAGCUGAUAUUUAUGAAAUGCUUGGAGAUACAAAGGAUAUUAUUAGUAUCUUGGUACCUGAAGAUGGAGAAGCCAAACUCUUGCUUGACAUCCUAGACGAGCAUGUAUGGGAUGACUUCGAAGUAGGAGAGGAUGAUACUGUUUCUGACCCUGUUGUUGAUAGUUGA